GACUAUACCCAGAAGUUAAUAAACCUAUCGUAACGUAUAAUGAAAUCAAAGUUGAGAGAAGAAUGUCAGACAUUUUAACAUCCGAAAAUCAUUCAGAACGUAUACUUUAUGAUAUCGAUGUAGCUGCUAUUUGGAAGCCUGAUGAUGAAUUGGCUGAUCAUGAUGAUUCCCGAGUUAACACGUAUACUAAAACUAAUGAAAAUCCGUCUUAUGCACAAUUCCCAAGACGUGUUUUCAAACAAGUUACAUACCGUCUGAAACGUAGCUUAGAAGGGCUAAUAAUUUCUACAACUGUUCCACCGGCACUUCUACAAGAAUGUCCUGAGGCAACGAGUGAAUGGCUAAUGCAAUUAUCGCCAGACGGGAGGUAUCUCGCAGUUUUGCAGGAACACAAGAUCGAAAUUCGAACUAGUGAAAGUGGGUUUGAAAAAAAUCAUGCCAUUUACAAUUCAAAACGUGACACUUUUUCUAAGUGGAGACGUCUCGUUUGGAGUUUAGAUUCUAAAAUUAUAGCUGCUACGAGAAGUGAUGGGACAAUUGAAAUCAUCAAUGAGGAUGGACAAUUAGUUUGCAUGAUUAUUUCUAGCUCUAAUGUUAAUUCAGAUAUGGAAAGAGAUUCCCAAGGUGGUCAAAGUUUUUUUCUCGAACCAGUUUCUUUUAUAUCAUUUGUGGAUCCUAAACGCGGAUCAAACAAACCAUUAUAUUAUGAAGGCCAUGUUUACCAAUACGAGUUGAUUGUAAUCACUUAUGAUAGCGUUCUUCGUAGUUAUUUACUUAAUACUAUUGAAUCUGUUACUACUUUGGAUGGUAAUGAAACUAUAUCGCGACGAGCAAAAGUUAACAUUACUUAUUCACGCGAAGGAGCUUAUGAUCCAGGGUUCUUUGUUUUUUAUCACAAAAUUUCUUUUAAACAAUGGCUUUCUACGGUUGUUUGCGGUGCUGUAGUUACUUUAAACGGUUCAUUGCUUUGCCUUGGUGGGAAACCUAACAGUGAAGAUGAAAAUGAUAUAUUCUCACCUUCUGUUAUAUGUUUGAUGUUGUUACCAGAUCGUCCUUUUUAUCGUAAACUCGAGUUAGAAGGAAUGGAAAAUGAAUCUAUAGAAGACAUAUCGGAUUUAAGUCAGAGUACUGUUGAUGAUAAUGGAUUCUUUUCUCGACUAAAAAAUGUGUUUGCAACUUGGCGUAAAGUGAAUAAAAGCUUCACUGAUGAAAUAGUUUACAGUAUGAUACCGUCACCUGAUAAACGAUAUCUAUUAACAUUAGAUUUUUCAGGAACAGUCAGCCUUUGGAAAAUAUCUAUGUCUAAUGGGGUUGCAUGUGACCAAUCGUGGGAUCAAUCUCAUCUAAAUUAUUUUGCUAGGGGAAAAGAAUACCAAAAUUUAUCCUUUGAAGAAUUUCAAGAUGAAAUUUUUGAAAUUGAGAAUGAUGGUGGUGAUGUAUCUGGAGUCCCCGGAUUAGAUAAUGGAAAAAUUUUAUCAAUAGGAUGGUGGACAAGUAAUGCUUUUAUUCUAGGAUUUCAAAAUGGUUCGGUUAUUAUUGCUAGUCUCCCAGAUAUGCGUAAUAUAUUAGGCGACUCUCCUGAAACUUUUAAAUCUUGCUGUGAGAUAACUUGUCAAUGUAAUAAUUAUUUUUUGGUUAUUGAACAUGAAAUCAAAUCAAUUAGAGCUCGUGUUCAUGGUGAUAACAUAAUAUCAUAUUCAAGGGCACAGGAAGAAGGUGAAACGGAAGAUGAUGACUUUGAAGAUUCCACAUCACAAAUGAGUAGAUUGAUAUCUGCAAUUACAAAUUCCUUGCAUUAUAUAACGGACACCUUUUUGUGGCAUUUUGAUAAUGAUUCUUCAACUAUACGUGGUAGAUUUAUUACAAUAUCAAAAAGGACAUUUCGCCUUAAUCGGAUCUCUAAAAUUCAACCUCAAGAUUUACUCUCUCGCAAAAUUAAUGCUCUUGAAUAUGAUGAUGCAUUGGUAAUUGCCAAAAACUAUAACCUUGACACAGAUAUAAUAUAUCAAGCCCGCUGGAAAGAUGCAGAAGUUUCUGAGGCAGCUAUUCACGAUAAUCUCGACAAAAUUCAUGAUAAAGAAUGGGUGUUAUGCGCUUGUUUCGAUAGUAUAACCAAAAAUCCUCAUAUGAUUCGACUUUUGUUAUGCUAUGGAUUGGACCAUACAGAUAUUUUGGAUGAGAUUUUAAAUAAUAAUAAUGUAUCUUCUACUGAUAGUUUGAUCAACAAGAAACUGCGAGAACAUCCUUUGGAAACUGAUUCAGAGGUUCAAAAAUUUUUGAAUAACAUUGAAUUGUCAGAAAAACAAAAAGCUAUUUGCCGAUGUCGGUAUUAUUUCCUAAAGUAUUUAGAUAGGUUAUCUACAUAUGAACGAAUUAUUGAAGAGAAAACUAGACGGGAUAUCGAAAAUGGUUCCAUGGACUCAUCAGAGGAAAAUGGGGGCUGGAUCACAUUCAUAGACUAUAGUACGACAUUUGCCGAUGAUUAUGCAAUAUUUCGCGAUGUGCACAUCGCCGCACAAGCAAUGGAUUUCGCUGCCGAUGAAUUCUUUGAUGGGUUGAGUAUUCUGUUUACACGUCAUGGAAAUGAGAUGUCGCCUUAUCGAUUUACUAUUCUUGAGCAAAUUCCUGAAACGGCUGAUCCUGAUGACUAUGAAUCUUUCUUACCAAGAGUUGGGUCAAAUGAUGGUGCUGAACCCUCAGAAUGUUUAUGGCAUCAAGAACCAUGGAGAGUUUAUGAUUGGGUUGAAAAUCCUAUAUUGAAGAAACAAAUAUUACAAGAGGAGCCAGAGGAAUGGGACUUUGAUGGUAUUUUAAUGAAAUCGGUUCCAUAUCCUGCUUCCUCCUCUUAUAUAACACAGUGGUAUGUUGAUCGUGCACAUAAGAUUGACAGCUCUUCGGGACAAGUAGAUAAAGCCUUAUCUCUCGUCCGCUACGGUAUUAAGAAAAAUGUAAAAAAUUUAGAAACUUUAGAAGAAGAUCUUCAUAUGCUGUCACAACUUGUUUAUAACUGUUAUCCAUCAUCAAACGACAGAAUAACCAUGACAUUGGAUGAAUUUGAAUCUCUAACAGAAGAAGAAAUUAUCAAAACUUUCUUGCGGCAAACUGACGAAACACGAAUUGUAAACGAUGUCAGGCUUUAUAUAAUACCAUUUCUUAAACUUUUACCUGAACGCCGUGCGCGAAAAGCAGAGUUCUCAGAUAAAAAUGAUAAAAAAUAUUUACAUCCAACAGAUUUAUUAUACAAAUAUAUAUUAGAUCUUUCAUCGUCUCAUUUGGAUUGGUGCUGCCUUUUUUUUGAAGCUUCUAAGCCAACAUUAACAGCCGAGGAGCGCGUUAUAACAUCUGAUGAAGACUUAGCUAAGGUAGUGCUUGCUUGUCUAUACGGAAAUACAAGUAUUGAUGAUCUGAAUAUUCAAACGCGUAUUUUUGAAUGUCUUCCAACUCUUGAUUCGGACUCUUCAGAAACCAAUGUUACCCAUUCAGACUCUGGUGUAGAUAUUAAUUUAUUGCAAACAUAUACACCUCAUGAUUUUCUACUUAUAUUUAAGACAAAGGACAAAAAACAACUUCAAAAAAUUAUUAAUUCGCUCGAAAUUCAUAUAAACGCUGCAAAAAUCCUUGCACGCUACAAUAACACAAUAUCUUUACGGUGGUUCCUUCAAAGUGCAAAAAAUUAUACUAUGCAAAAACAAUUAUGUAUUCAAUUAACAAGAAGAGUAAGUAAUGAUUCUGAAAUUGAUGGGGAGCACUUUGAAAAUGACAAUGAGUGGAUUCAAUUGUUAGAAGAAAUGAAGAUGUUACAGGGAGAUGGUAAAGGUGUCUUAGGAGAAAUAUCUAUUGAAGGAAUUUAUGAAUAUUUCAUAUCUGGACUUUUGAGCUGUGGAAAAUUUAGAUUGGCACGUGAAAUCCUUUUACCAACCGAUAAACCACAUCCUUUAGAAAUGGAUAAGGCAGAAAAACUAGUUAUCAAUGCAUCUAGAGAAUUUUUCGAUAACGCAGCGUCAGGAAAUAUGAAUCAUGGUUACAUGAAAAUGGCAUAUGAAUGCCUCCAAAUAUUACCGAUAUCGGACACUAUAACAUCAGAACUUGAAUUUAUUGAGGCGACACAUACGUUGUCAGAAAAGAAAAUUGGCUAUCAACCUGGAGUACCAAUACAUCCAAUGCAAUUACGCCUUUCAUCAAAUCGAUUGGACUUUAUAGAUCGUUUGUUAAGCACAUAUGAAGAUGCUUACCUUGACCCAAAAUCAAUUAUAAAGCUUUCAAAGAAGCUCGGUUAUCAAAAGGACAAAGUUGUUGAAGUUAAAGUAAUGGCCAUGCUCGCAGAUGCUGCAUUACGUGAUAAUAAUUUUACCACUGCAUAUAGCACGUGUAUCGAUUUAGUGAAUGUUGUCAAGACUUUUGCGAGUGGUAAUAAAAGUGGCAAUAAAAAUGAGAAUCUAACUUCAGCGAAGGAUGUUGCCUGGAGAAUAUGUUAUGAGAUUGCCAAACAGGAAAAUUAUCAAGAUUUGGAACAGCAAAUGACACUGAUGGGAUAUGCUUUAUCAUUGUGUCCAAGUGAUCAAAUUACCGAUAUUUUAAAUUUAUGGAGAAAAUUAGAAGAACAAAGAUCAGCUCGAGCUCUUGAGACCAAAACGAAUUUAAUGGAAAAAUCUGUAUCAGAAAAAAUCAAGCCAGCUGUAGAACGCGUCGAAUCUGUUUUAAUGACGCCAUUGCUUCAAGGGGAUCGUCUCAAAAAUUUGGUCAGCAGUUGGUUAGGGUCUGGAUUUUCAACUUAA